AUGGCUGAUUCCAAAGAUUCCUUCAAGAUGGAACCCAAAUCUUCAUCUUCAUCCAACACAACCACAACCACAACCUCUUCCUCACUAAAACAUCAUAGAACUUUCAUGAUGGCCCAAAACAUCCUCAGAAUCUUAGUCAUUCUUCUCACUGCAGUUUCAGUUCUUGUUACCGUCACCAACAACCAAACCGUUACGCUCUUCUCUUUUCAGUUUGAAGCUCACUUUUAUUACUCUUCAUCUCUCAAGUUCUUUGUUGUGGAAAAUAGUGUGGUUUGUUUCUUGUCUGUGUUAUUACUGAUAUUCAAUCUUCUGAGGAGGAAACAACAAACACAUCAACUAAAAGAUUACUACUUCUUCCUAUUUGUGUUUGAUUUGGUGAUGACGGUGUUGUUGAUAGCUGGAUGUGCAGCAACCACAGCCAUUGGAUUUGUGGGACAGUAUGGAGAAGACCAUGUGGGCUGGACUCCAGUAUGUAACAAUGUGAAAAAGUUCUGCAGAACAAAUUUGACUUCACUUUUGAUUUCAUAUUUGGCUUUCUUUGCCAAUUUAGGACUCACAAUAUUAAUAGCUUACAAAUGUACCUCAUGA